AUGAAAGUACAAAAGAAUAUCGAGGGGGUGUGUCCGGCGGCCGAGGAAGAUGGACACCUAGUGCAGGAGCUCCUCGUGGCGCCCGCAAGCAUACAGCGAGAACCCGCGCAUACCGCUCGCCCACGCACAAAUAAUGGGUCCCACAAGGAAGCCCACAGACCCCAGCGGCACCGCGAGGUCGUCAGGCAGGGAAGGGGAGCAAUCCAUCCGCUCCUACCUUCAAGCCACAGCCCGCCCGCGGUCACCGCAAGCCAGGACGUGGACUCCUUCCCCUCCACACUGGCCACACUAUCACCUACACCCUCAAUCAUGUCUGAGCCACAACAAACGCAGGAGGGUGAGUGGAGGGCAAAAUUGCAGAAUUUACUGACUAAGGCAGACUUUGAGGCCUUGUCAGACCGUUUGGGCAGGGUAGUGAGAGAGGAGGUGGCCCAGCUACAUGCAGACCUGGCUAAUGUGGAGGCCUGCAUGUCG